UUUACAGCUCUUCUCCUCUCUUGUCUUCUCUUCUCUUCUCUUCUCUUCUCACUUGCACUCUCAUUCUCAUUCUCAUUCUCAUUCUCAUUCUUUUCAAGUCGCGACUUUGUUCUGAAUUCUCGGUGAAAAUUCCUUCUUCUGUUUUCCUUUUGGAUACAAUCUUCCCCCACGCCCCCUCUCCAAAAAUAAAUAAAGAAAUAAAAAACAUCCGACCUUAUUUAUUCAUCCCAGACAGGAAUCGGGAAUACAAUACAAUACAAUACAUUACAAUACGAUACCUUCCUUACCUUACCUCACCUUACCUUACCUUAUUUUAUCUGGCUUAAUUCUCUCUCGCCUCUCGUUUGUUUUCUCUGCCCUACCAACAUUACGAACCUUCCCCCACAAUCCCUGCUUGACCUACGCCCCCAAAGAGAUAGAUACCUCGAGAAGUGUAUUGCCAUAGCUUGCCAUACUAUCCGUACUGCAAUACUGCAAUACCGCGAUACAACAAACAGGAAAUCGAUUUCGCCAGUGCAACCUAUUUAUCUUCCUUUCCCUUGAUCAUCGGCGUAGUGGAACAGGGACUAACCGCUGGUUCCCUACCACAAACCGCAAUCCGGACCCUCGAAUCGAUUCUCCACCAAAAAAAUCCACCGAAAACUUUACGUUCCUGACGACUUUUCCCCUUGCUUCCCCAGGCGCAUCUCCCGCGCCAAAACCAACGGAUUCCCAACCCCAAAAGGGUCAUAUUGACUCGAUCAAAGCAAGACAAAUCACACAAGGGAAAAGGAAAAAUAAAAGGCAAUUUACAGCUAAAUUAUUUCAUUCUGGCCACUGCUGCGCGGGUGCCUACCUCUCUACAGAAAAGCGCGCUUCUUUGACGUUGCAUAUGACAAACGAAGGGGUUGUGUCGCGCGACCUUUGCCCUACCCUUCAUACUUCAACAUAUCCCUCCCUCCCCUCCCUCGAUGCUCGAUUCCUCUUGAACUCCAACUUUCCGCACAUCCUUCUUUUGUAAAUGAGCUUUCACCAACCGUCGAUUACAUAUUCCGACUUCUUGCACUGGUAAGAUUUGUCCCAGCAACUCAGCUUAAAUCGGGCGCCCUGCCAUCAGCCUUACCACACGGCAUAUGCUGACACUUGCGGAUUUCCACAGUCAUAUAGAUCUACAACCUGUCAAAUACUUCGUAGAAAGUCUACUCCUUGGUUCAAGUAAUCUGCCAUCAGAAAUAUCGGCUACUUUCAACAUCUUUUCGUCUUGUUCUUUUCCCUCGACCAGAAGUUUCCACAUACAUACAGAAAUUUCAUUACAUCUUCAAUAAUGUCGUCGGCCGCUGCCAACAGACCCGCAGGUACCAUGAAUGCGGUGAGCACGCCCGAACUUCCCAAGAUUGAAUUGAAACUAAUUUUUGAAUGUAGCAACGGUCUACUCGAUUCGGAGAUUUCCCCACUGCAUCAGGCAGGCACAAUAGCGAUGACAGAACUUCGCAAAACUCAACGCUUGGCCAAACUUUUGGAAACGGCGGUACCUGGCAGCCUUCGACGGGUAUUUGGGGUAAUAACACGAUCGGGAGUGGUUUUGCCAAUACAAAGCGAGAUGCCUCGCGCUCUCGAGGUAUUUAUACAAGCGAGAUGGAAAUCUUUACAUUCACUGAUGGUCGUCUAGCAGCAGAUAAUGAUGGCUUUCCAGAUGCUCCCAGUGGUUCUGGUGCUCUAGCCGCAUCUUCAGAAGCCGACCCUUGGGUUGCUCGCGCAAGUGGGCCUUGGAAUCCUCCAGACACAACAUCUCCAACGUUGCAAUCAUCGCAUAGCGGAAGUACCUCUCCUUCUCACCUCCGCAACAGUAUUUCGUCACAGACACCACAAAGUCUACUUGAGUUGCAAACAUACCAACAAUCAAGACCUGCUAUUGGUCAAGGAACCAGUUUCAGCCGGCAGCAACCCAAGAGUAGCUUGGACCCCUCUUCUGGAAGCUUCAAAUUCUCACGAAAACCUUCCUUUGGGUUCAAUGACGACAAGGAGAAUUCUUCCCAAUUUUCGUCUAACCAAGAGACUGCAUAUGAUAUUGAUGUAUCAUCCAGGACCUUCAGAAUGGAUCAACUAAGCUCUCAGAAUCCAAGCUACCUUAGUAUAGGCCCCCUUGCAAGGGAUGGAAGCAUGCCUCCAUCCAGAGCAUCGGAGAGUGGCCUCAAUAAUCUGACAUUCGGCAAUGGAAAUCCAACGCAUGGCUCUAUUGGUGGUCAUACUCCCAACAAUUCAAUCCACUCACAUCGUCCGUCUUUCUCAGCAAUGUCAGGCUCGUUUGCACAAACGAAUUCAUCCAGAUAUGCUGAUCUUACUACGCAAACAGAAGCCGAGCUACGGGAGAAGUUUGCAGGAUUUGGCUUCACCAACGAUAUGGAUCAAACUGGCGCAUCUCAGAUUGGCAACGCUUUGGGUUCCUCAUAUUCCCCAACCAACCAAAACUUUAAUCAGCAGGCUUUCCAAGUCAACGGAGGAUCAGCCAUGUGGAAUGAUGGAUCAGCUGGUCCCAAAGUCAAUAAUUACGACCAUUUCUCGAAUCAAGCACCUUUCACAGAUCAAGCCUAUUUCACGAAAGGACCUAGAUUUGAUAGAGGUUCGGUCUCUCCUGCAUCAAGCGACUACCGUCGUGGCCUCAAUAGUCCAAAAUACUUCUCCGGGACUCCUCCAACAGGGUCUGAGCAAAUUUACCGACCAAGCUCACGGGCUGGCCCUAGAAUACCUCAAGGCCCGAGCGAAUUAGACCGCAGACUUCAACAUGUCCAAUAUUCUCAACACCAGGCAUAUCUUUACAACGGCGGUCAUUUCCAGGGGCAAUAUCCACCACAUUUAUACGACUACUCACCACAAACCUUUAGGCAAGCAAACGUACCACCAUAUGGUUAUCCAAUGCCAAUCCCUCCUUAUCCGGCACAAAGUAUCCCUACUCGUCCAGCCAAGGAUCAGGAUGUGGGACUUGGAGUUAGGAGCGUACUUCUGGAAGAAUUCCGUUCCAAUGCCAAAUCCAACAAGAGGUAUGAGUUGAAGGUAUGUAUUGUUCUGUCUCACCUCUUCUAUCAGCACUAAUCAAGAAUAGGAUAUCUAUCAACAUGUCGUUGAAUUCAGUGGAGAUCAGCAUGGGUCACGUUUCAUUCAGCAAAAGUUGGAAACAGCUAAUAGUGAUGAAAAAGAGCAACUUUUCCGAGAGAUUCAACCCAAUGCGUUACAGUUAAUGACCGACGUCUUCGGAAACUAUGUUAUCCAAAAGUUGUUUGAGCACGGGAACCAGGUUCAAAAACGUGUGCUAGCUGAGCAAAUGAAGAACCAUGUAGUGGAACUUUCAAUGCAGAUGUAUGGCUGCAGAGUUGUGCAAAAGGUUUGUCUUGGCCUCCACAUUAUACAUAACCUUUACUAACACUAUUAGGCUCUCGAGCAUGUACUCGCCGAUCAGCAAGCUGAACUUGUCAAGGAACUCGAGGCAGACGUGCUUAAGUGUGUCAAAGAUCAGAAUGGCAACCACGUUGUCCAAAAGGCUAUCGAGCGUGUUCCAACGGAACAUAUUCAGUUUAUUAUCGAAGCAUUCCGAGGACAGGUUCAUAUUCUCGCAACUCAUCCUUAUGGAUGCCGAGUAAUUCAACGAAUUUUGGAAUACUGUCAACCUCGCGAUCAAGAACGAGUACUAGAGGAACUGCAUCAAUGUGCAUCGAAUUUGAUCACCGACCAAUACGGGAAUUAUGUUACUCAACAUGUCAUACAACAUGGAAAGCCUGAGGAUCGUGCCAAGAUUAUCAAGAUCGUCACAGCACAGCUUUUGACUCUAUCCAAGCACAAGUUUGCCUCAAAUGUUGUGGAGAAGAGUAUACAAUUCGGCACAGAUGAACAAAGACAUACUAUCGUUUCUCUAUUAACCGCUCUUCAUAGUGAUGGUACAAGCCCUUUGCAAUUGAUGAUGAAGGAUCAAUAUGGCAAUUAUGUCAUUCGUAAGUCAAUUUAUUCUCAGUUUGCUUAUAUUAUACUAACCCUGGUAGAAAAACUUCUCGGGCAACUCAAAGGUGCCGAAAGAGCAGCGUUUGUUGAAGACCUGAAGCCACAACUCCUGGCUCUCAAGAAAUAUAAUUAUGGCAAACAAAUUGCUGCCAUUGAAAAGUUAAUCUACGGUCAAGAUGACUCGCAGCAAUCAUAUGCCGCAUCUCCAACUGGUACGGCAUCUGGUGCUCAUACACAAUCGAUGGAGAUGAAUUCAAGUGCCCCAACUCCGCUGCUCACGAAUGGGCAAAACAGUCCCCAAAGCAGCAGCCUUCCUAGUGCGAACGUCAGUACAAUUGAAGAUCCUACAGAUAGUGCAUCCUCAGACAAGACGGCCGUUGCUGUUAGCGAAAAGUCUUGCCCUGAAGUCGUUAUUAGCGGCGUUUAGACUUAUCAUUUUCCUCCGCCGAACAUUCUCUUCCACUUCACGUCAUAUACAAAAAGCAUUAUUAAAGGGCGUGACGGUAUUGGGUCCGGAAAGGCAAUUGGGUACUGGACGGGCAUAAACGGUGAAUAUUUCUUAAUUGUAUCGUCUACCUCUUCGGAUCAUUUUCUUGAGGUGUUAGAAGGCGGGUUUGGUCUGUUUUACUUUUGCAUGGAGGCAUGCAUAUACAAGCCAGGAUUGGCUACGGCGGAUUUACUGUGAAUGAAUAUGGAUAUGAAUGUGUUAUUUUUUCAGAUAUUUAUUAUUUUUCUUGAACAGCUACGGGUAUUUGAUAUCAUCUUGGGACCAGGGACUUAUGGGAAAGAUUCAUGGAUAACAGAAGAGAAAGUUUGCUCUAUUCAUACUUGUUAUUGCAUAUUUUGCAUUGUUUAUCUUUUGAUAAGAAAGAAUAUGGAAAGGAUACCUAUCGAUCGUACUAUUUAUUGUCUUUUCAGAAGAUGCGCUGGUUCUACUUGCUUUUUUGCCUUGAUAUUUUUGAGGUUCUAUACUGCACUAUUAUGCAAGCUUAAUACGUUUGAUUGCUUGCUUUGUUGCUUGGAUGUUUUACAACGUGGAGGGAGAGAAUAUACCUACUUCAAUAUAUCAUAUCAUAUUAUUCUGUGGAAGGGCCGGCACUGGACAUCAGGACAUAGGGGUUGAAUGUAAGGAUUACUUGGUGAUUAUACAUGGUAGUUGGAAGAAAUAUUUUUAUAUGGUGGGGACAAUGGUAUUGGAUGGAUUGGAUUGGGGAUAGGCUAGGGUUGGGUAUGGUAGGAUAGGGUAGGAUAUAAAUAGAUGGGGAAAAUUAUAUGUGCUUGUUGAAAUAUAUUGGAUGAUAUGGUAUGGUGUGUGUGGGAUGGAAUGGGAUGGAAUUAGGUCUUGGAAGUUGGGACUUGGAUCUGUUACUCGUGGUAUGGUUGUGGAAUGGAUGGGUGGAUAAGAUGGAUGGAUGGAUGGAUGGAAGGGGGAGUUGAUGGUUCGGAUGGAUACUGGUGGCGG